AUGGUUCCUCAACCCGUUUGUGAAAGCGAGACGCCGCGUAGCUUACUGCCCAUUGAGCUGCUCGCCGCGACUCGGGACAAGCACCAUGCCCUCAAUCUUCAGAUCUUGAAGAACUUGCCGCUGUGCGUCCCUCCCGCAUCAGACUCGCCCAUUCUGUAUGCGAAAGGUAUGGCGGUCUUUGGCCAGAUAUACUAUGCAUUCGAGGCCCAUUUGACAGCUUGUCUGGAGGAUAAGGAGUUCGAUGAAACCCUACGGGAUCUGUACAAGCGUAUAUACGUUCCUCGUUUAUUGAGAUCGCCACGCCUGCGGAGGGAUCUCGAGAUUGUCAACAUGAGACUGGGCGAUCAUGGGAAACAGGAGGUGGAAGACAUCUCAGAACGGUCAAUGAUUUACUACAGAAGAAUUCGCGCAGCCUUAUGCGCCAAACCGCAUGUCCUCCUCGCAUACAUGUGGACCAUGUACCUUGCCCUUUUCAACGGUGGCAGAUGGAUGCGCAGCCAGUUUUUCUCCGCUGGCUCUUCAUUUUGGCUCGGGCAGGACUUUCCUUUGUCAUUCUGGGACUUCGAGGACCCAACCGGGACUGCCUCUAAUGGAGAAGACCUCAAGGUGGCUUUCAAGGAGAAUUUCGCAGAAGCGUCUCGACUUCUGGACGACACGCAGCGAGAUGAAGUAAUCGACGAGUCCAAGAAUUUAUUCGACCUGUGUUUGGAGAUGGUGAGAUUCUUGGAAGGAGGGCCAUCAUUAUUGGCCUCCCCGGAAACUUUCUCCACUCAUAUUGCGGCCACGAACCGGGCAGCUGACAGGUCGCCAACCACGGGCUCCUUGGUCUUACCUGCUUGGCACUACGUAGCCUCGUUGUUUGGAUCACUCGCGACGGCAGCCUCGAAUACAGUUUGGAGAAGAAAAGAAUUAAGCUCUGAUUGA